AUGUCAAGUGAUACCAAGAUUCACAUCGUUAAACUUAACAAUGACAACUAUACGGAGUGGAAAGGCGACAUUACAGGUUACCUGAUGUCUCACGGACUCCAGGAAUUUCUUGUUCCUAAUCAUACUCCUGUUGCUCAAGCUAUUGCAGGAGAGGAAAAGAUUAACUUUGAAGCUUAUGUCACCCGUCAAAACAAAGCCGCCGGUAUUAUGUACAGUUACUUGACUGAACCUUUUCGAAUUCAAAUUGAAUCAGAAGGGCUCUUAUCGAAUCCAGUCGGAAUCAUCUUCAAACUGCCGGAUUCCAUGGAGACUGUUGUGUCACUCAUCACGGCCAAACAAUCAGAGUCAGGCAAACUUUCCUGUAAGACAGUCUUGACCAUGUUAGAUGCUCAUCUAGUGGAUUUCACCGAACAACAUCGAGAGGACAGUUCAAUCGCUCUGAUGACGACCACCACUGCUGCUCCUGCUUGA